AUGGCGAGAAAGCUCAAAGGUAAGGCAGGUCACCAGGGCUUGAAGGCCACGCUUCAAAGACACCAAAAUCUCGAGAAAUUGAGACGGCUUCAUAAAAGGAAAGAAGAGAACAAGAAAUUGCAGCCUAGUGCACAAGUGAGAAAAAAUCAAGAAACCCAAAAGGUAAAUGAGGCAAGAUUUGUCCCUUUCCAGGAAAAUGAGACCUUAUUGCUAGUGGGAGAGGGCGAUUUUUCGUUCACCCGCUCAUUAGUGGAACAGGGCUACAUGAAAGCUGAGAAUUUAAUCGCAACCAGCUACGAUGCUUCACCUGCUGAGUUGGAGCUUAAAUAUCCGCAUUCUUUCAGAGAAAAUUACACUUUUCUAAUAGAAAACAAGGUGAAGAUCUUUUUCAAGGUGGAUGCAACGGACCUGAUAAAGUCUUUUGAUUUAUCGAAGAAAAAACCUUGGAGCAAAGUGCUAGGCCCUUCUUGGAAGCAGAAAAGUUUGCAAAACAUUAUUUUCAAUUUCCCCCACACUGGUAAAGGCGUCAAGGAUCAAGAUCGGAACAUUGUCGAUCAUCAGCAAUUGGUCAUUGGAUACUUCAGAAGUUGCAAAAAAUUAUUCGAACUCGUAAAUGCACCAGUUGUGCAAAGCAGGAUGUCAUACAAUCAAGGAUAUGAUUCUUCUGAGAGACUUGGCGGCUUGACGUCCGAAGGUUACGGUAAGAUUAUACUAUCUGUGUUCACUGGCGAACCGUACGAUUCGUGGAUGAUCAAAAGCCUAGCGAAAGAUUGCAACCUUUGUGUGGAAAGAUCGAACAAAUUUCAAUGGAAUUACUAUCCGCAAUAUCACCACCGCAGAACUAACAGUGAGCAAGACACCACUAAGCCGGCGCAGCAGAGGGAAGCCAGGAUAUACGUUUUCCAAAAGUUCAUGCUUCCGCAGGCUAAGCGCAAAGCCGAAAGUGAUGAUGAAGCGUGA